UCGUAAGGUAAAAAUAUUCUAGGGUUCUAGGGUUUUUGCGUUGGAUCGAUCGCGAUCGCGCAUCGCGAUGGCUGUGAGGCUCGCGCUGGGGCGCUGCCCGGGGAAUCCCGAAAUGCAGGAGGCAUCCGGCUUGCCGUGGGGCGCGACGCUCACUCCAUUCGCCGCCGAGGACGAGACGGGGCGGCCUUCGUUGCGGGUGAAAUGCGCGGAGCCGCUGCCCCGCUGCGACAGCUGCUGGGGGUACAUGAAUUUCCUGUGCGAGGUGGAUCAAUCGGCGUGGUCGUGCGUGCUGUGCGGCGAGCGGAAUUUCCUGUCGCGCGACGCGGCGGAUCGGUUUGCCCGGGAUGCCAAGGAGCUGAGGUCGUCCUUUGUGGAUUUGGAGCUGGAAGAGGAGGGCAGCCAGGAUCUUAACUUGAGACCAGUUUAUGUGGCAGCAGUGGAUCUAUCAGCGUCGGAGGAGUUCCUCGAUCUUGUCAAAAACUCUUUGCUAGCUGCUCUUGAAGCUAUACGUGCUGGAUCCUUGUUUGGUUUGGUAACGUACAGUCAUAAGAUUGGCCUCUAUGAUGUGCAGGGCGCUGUCCCUGUCGUCAAGCACGUCGUAAUUCCCGCAGAUAUGGAUGGGAAAAUAGUUGUUGAUUUGGAAGAUGUCAUGCCUUUGAAAGCUUUUCUUGCUCCGGUGGAAACGAACAAAGAAAACAUUGCUGCUGCUUUAGAGACUCUCCGGCCGACUAGCUCGUGGGAAAGAGCAACAGCUGCUGGGCAAUCCGCCGAGGGAGUUCCCAUUGGAGGCCGUGGAUUUGGCGUUGCUAUGGACGCUCUUUUGAGUUAUCUAGGCACAGAGCACGGGUCUACUUAUGCUUUUGCGAGGAUAUUUUCUUUCAUAUCUGGAGCGCCUGAUUAUGGAGCUGGUCAGCUAGACACGAAACGCUACGGAGAGCAGUAUGCAAGCAAGGGAGAAGAUGCCGACAAGAUCCUCUUGGCAGAACAGACUCCCUUUUAUCGAGAGCUGGCAGCGACGGCUGUACAAGUGGGCAUUUGCGUGGACAUUUUCGCCAUCACCAAUGAGUACACAGAUCUGGCCUCUUUGAAGUUUCUGAGUGUGGAGAGUGGUGGCUCGCUUUUUCUCUACUCCAACACCGAAGAAUCAACUUUGCCCCAAGAUUUAUAUCGAAUGCUAAGCCGGCCUUGUGCCUAUAGUGGAGUACUACGCAUUAGAACUUCUCCAGAAUUUAAAACCGUUCACUCAUAUGGCCACUUCUUUUCUGAUCCUCAAUAUGAAAAUGUCCAGCAUAUUAUCUGUUGCGAUCCUCAUGCAACUUACGCUUAUGAUUUUGAUUUUGGAAAUUCUAGUGGGUUUCAAAGAUUUACGGACACUCCCAUUAUUCAGGUUGCUUUUCAGUAUACGACGUUGGAGCCCGUGAGCGAGGAGCACGAGAGUACACCGAAGAGGCAAAAAUAUACGACGAAGAGAUGGCUGAGGCUACGCACUUUACGAAUGGAGAUCGCUCGGAACCACAAGGAGCUCUACGAGAGAGCUGACGCAGAAGCUAUCUUCUGUAUUUUAACUCAUAAGACGAUUCGCGCUUCUUUGGAGGAUGGUGUCAAGGAAGGACGACUGCUACUACAAGACUGGCUGAUUAUACUUGUUGCGCAAUACAACGAGCUCCUUAAGCUAGCACAGUUCGGGCAGCCCACAACAGCAGUUCGGCUAGACGUUUCGUUUGCCAAAUGUCCGUCGUUACAAGUACUUCCUAGGCUGGCUUUUGCUUUCCUCCGAAAUCCAGUUUUGCGGCCUCAUGAGGAAGGCGUCCAUCCCGAUUAUCGAGUGUAUCUGCAAUUCCUUUUCAGUGCUCUCGAGCCAAGCUCUUUGGUACGAGUUGUUUAUCCGCUUCUAUCGUCCUACACUUCUCCUGAUAAGCAAGCUUACCCAAGACACUCGCUCAGCCGUGCUGCACUGAUAACCAGUGGAAGCCCGAUCUUUUUCCUGGACGCUUACACGUUGCUUAUUGUCUACUAUGCGUCCACCGCAGACCCAGCGCUCUCAUUCCCUCCACCUCACAAAAGCGCUCUCCGGGAAUUAAUAAACAAGCUCAAGCAAGAGCGAAGCGUGACACCUAAGCUCUACAUGAUCCGGGCUGGCUUCGACAACGUGGAACCGUUUGAAAGGCAUCUUAUAGAGGAGCAAGACGUCAAUGGGGCUCCCACCGGGACAGGCUUCGUAUCUUUCCUGGACGAGAUUGCGAGGAGCGUCUUGGAGCACAUGAAAUAGUCGUCCAAUCUCUCUCAGGUGUCUAUUAUAUUCGUGGACAUGAUGGUACUUCUACUACCAGCCUCUCCUUGUGGUGCCAGCGAAAAUAUGCUCUCCGUCAGCAAGUGCAUCACAGCUGUUCAUCGAAGAGGAGAGAAAACGUGCGAGUCUUCGUGCUUUGGAGCCUUUGUCCCGUGAAGCCCAGGAGCAUCGACAAGACAAAACCAUCAAAAAAAGAGAUCAACGAGGGCAUUGCUUUGGCAAAGUCGCCGAGAAUCAACGCUGUUUUUCCCACACGAAGAAGGACGAGUAACGAACGGGACGACGCCCCUUUCUCGUGAUCUUGGAGGAAAGCCAUUAAAUUCUUGGGCGGUGUGUCAGGAUCGUCCAGUCUGUUGGAAGAUUUUUAUUGCAAACAUGGAGUGGUGAAAGUUUUUUUUUAUUUUUCUUCCAAGAGCUCGCGAAGAACAUCUAUGUAAACUUCUAUACUAAAUGUUUCUCUACAAGCUAAUUUAUAGA